AAACAAAGGUACGUGGUUGUUUUAGAUGACGUGUGGAGCAUAGGUGCAUGGAAUGGCAUCAAGCAUAUAUUUCCUAACAACAAUUGCGGUAGCCGUGUAAUCGUCACCACUCGUAUACUUGAUGUAGCAAAAACAUCGUGCUUAGAAUCCCGUGAUUAUAUCUAUGAAAUGAAGGUCUUGUCUGAUGAAAAGUCAUGGGUUUUGUUUUGUAAGAAAACCUUCAAAGACAAAACUUGUCCUCCGCAUUUAGCAAAAAUUUCACGAGAAAUAUUAGGGAAGUGUGGGGGAUUGCCACUCGCAAUUGUGGUACUAGCGGUGUUUUGGCUUUGAAGGACACAAGCAGAAUUGAUGAGUGGGUGAUGGUUCAACGGAAUCUCGGCGGUGAACUAGAAGACAAUGACAAACUUGAGAGGAUAAACAAAAUAUUCUCUCUCAGUUAUUUUUAUCUGCCUGACUAUCUCAAAAUUUGUUUCUUAUACUUGUGCAUUUUUCCUGAGGAUCACGAGAUUGAAAAGGGGCAAGUGAUUCGACUAUGGGCUGCGGAAAGAUUUGCACAAGAGAAAGAAAGAAAGUUGGCAGAAGAAGUAGCAGAGGGCUAUUUCAAUGAACUUCUAAAUAGAAGUUUAAUCCAAGUCAUGGAUAAAAAAUUUGUUGGUAGACCAACAAGAUAUCGUAUCCAUGAUCUUUUGCGUGACUUUAUUAUCUCAAAGUCGAGAGAGCUGAACAUUGUAACUCUGGCCAGCGGAAAAGCAAUAUUGUGUCCACAAAAAGUUAGACGGCUAGCACUGCACAACUCCUCAAGAAAUGUAGAAGAAAACAAGUGUUUUGAAUGGCUUCGCUCUCUGCUCGUAAUUGGGAAAGUAGGAGAGCUGUACAAUUCAUCCGUAUCUUCGAUCUUAAGAGGUGGUUCUAAGUUACUAACAGUGUUGGACUUAAGAGGUGUUUCUUUGGAGACAUUCCCACCUGAAGUUUCUGAAUUAGUUCUUCUCAGAUAUCUAAGCUUGAGGAAUACAAAAGUGAGAUUCAUUCCAGGAUCAAUUGGAAAGCUUCGAAAUCUAGAAACCUUGGAUUUGAAACAUACAUUCGUAACAGAGUUGCCUAUCGAAAUAGGAAAGCUUCGGAAACUUCGAUAUCUUGUGGCUGAUAAUGAGGCUGUAGUCCCGGUGGAAAUAGGGAAUUUGUCAUUCCUGCAAAAGCUCAGAUCGAUCUGGGCAGGCGAAGUCAAUGGCAACAUUAUACUGAGAGAGGUGGGGAAACUUACCCAACUAAAAUCUUUGAACAUUUUUGGGUUGAAAACAGAAGACGGAAAGAUCCUAUGCUCGUCUCUUGAAAAACUGGGCAACCUCCGUACAUUGCUUGUUUGUGCACGUGCACAAGCACGAGGAAAAUUGAGUGAGUUUCAGUUGCUUGAUCUAAAGACAUUAUCUUCGGGUCCUCCACUUCUACAAAAACUUUACUUGAUUGGACAUCUAGAGGAGACACCACAUUGGAUAGCUUCUCUUCAUAGUCUGGUCUCGGUAAAUCUAAUGGGGAGCAAAUUAAGGGAUGACCACCUACUGCAAUGGCUACAAGAUUUGCCAAAUCUCCAGCGUAUGUCAUUCCAAUAUGAUGCGUAUGCUGGGGAGGAAUUAUGUUUCAAGGCUGGAGGAUUUGAGAGUCUCAAAUAUUUAGGUCUUUUCAGAUUAAAAGAACUGAGAUGGGUGAGAUUUGAGCAGGGCGCCAUGCUUCAUCUUGAAGAGCUAGAAAUUGGGCACUGUGAUUUGAUGGGGUAUCCAUUUGGAAUCAAACAUCUAACCAACCUUCGAUCAAUUGAGCUAGAUGCAUGGGAUGACAGCAAAUUUGCACUCAUCCCUCUUAGGGAUAUCUGGAAUUGGUGCUCAGGACAAAACCUUUGCAUGGACGUCUUCGAAUAAAAAGGAGAAGUUGAAAUCACUGUCUCGUGGCUAGACUCGUGGUGGAGGUGGUGGUCGUGGUCUAGGCAUUAUGUUAUAAUUUUGGAUUGAUAUCAUCUAGUGAUGUAAUAUUUGAAAUAAUAUCAAGUUCUCUUGUUAAAUCACUUAUUACCAUGUGCAAUAUUUGGUUAAGCCUCUACUUCAAAUUUGUUUUUCUCUUUGGCUAAAGAUCUUAAGCUGUCAAAAUUGAUAGUCUCUCAACCAAA